AUGGCGCGUCCAAAAUCAGUUCGGGCGCCUACAACAGCCAGUCUCCCAAACAACCUCCGCAUACCCUCAACUACAUCGUCCUUGACAAAGACCUUGGGCAAGCUUUCCCGGCAAGCACUGCUUGAUCUGGCUUUAACAUGGCUCGAUGAUCAAAAUAACGGAUCCUUUCCCCCAUAUCUUCAACGCGAAGACAACAACAACCCCGACGAUGAAGAAGCCCUACCCUACCCCGCGGCAGAAACCGUUGAAGAAGCCCGUCAGGCAUACGAAGAUCUCCAAGAGCGCAAAGGUGGCAAGCGUGAAGUCCUCGAAAGAAUACUGGAAGGUGACUGGCGCCACGGAAUCACGCUACGCCAACUCGCAAUGGUUGAUCUCCGCUACAUGGAUGACCACCCAGCAAGCCUGCGCUGGACAGCACUGGAACUAAGUCGCAUAGACGCCCGACAAAAGAAAUCCUCAGAAGACUGGUCCAGUAAUAUCCCACGCAUCCAAGCUGCGACUUUCGUCAAAGCCCUGCAGCAGGAAAUCGCUUCGCUGGUAAAGGCGCAUUACCAUUUGUCCCGCUCGUCCACACUCCCAAUCACAUUCCUACGCAUACUCAUCCUCGACUCACCUUAUCAAACUCCCCGACAAACCCCUGAGGUCUUCGCCGACUCGUCUCGUGUUAUCUAUGUCGCCUUCCCCGAUAGCUGUCCCUAUAUCUACACUUCCAUUACGGCAUCGUCUGGCUCGAAGACACCUGCGCCUUCUAGUUCUAUCGCCACGGACCCGCGCAGUCUUCAGCGCUUGGUACGCGAUGCCGUUCCCAGGGCUCUUUCACGGCCUCAGGAGCGAUAUACCGUUAAAGCUACUGCGUUAGCAGCAAAGAAUCUACCCACUUUGUUAGCGCUGCGUGGUCCGGGUCGCUCGGCUGCGGCGAAUGGUAGUUACAGUAUUUUUGCUGAUGCCGCUCUUGAAGGAAGUCCAUUGGAUCCUCGUCCGUCAAAUACCGUUCCUGCGGAGGAACAUAUGCGUGCGGGACACAAACCUAGCAAUUUUGAUGAUAAAGAGAAUGGUAAUGCGGACGAAUCACAGGUGUCUGCGACUACGUCUAGAAAGCGUGUUUCUGGUACCAUCGAUCCGGCUACUUUAUCGCCAACGUCCAAAAAACGGCGGUUGACUGUGGAAUCCCGUUUUGGAUCUGCUGGGUCAUCGCUUACACCGGCACCGUUAGAUCGUCUGGAUGUCCGGCUUUUAGAUUUGCCUGCUGGCAUUGAGGAUGACGGUGUGAAUCGGUUGGCUGGGCCAGUUCCUCCUGUGUCACUUUCGUUCGCGGGGACCGAUGUCAUUGGUGGGAUUCGGAAACUGGCUGAGUUGGGUGUGAUUGAUCCUGAGCGAAUGCCAUCCUGGAUGACGGGUGAAGAAGCUGUGAGCAUGGCUGUUGUUCGGAGAGGUCGACGAAUCAAAAAAGCCGAGUGA